CCUCCAGAACCCCGCAGAGGGUAGAAAUCACGCCGUUGGCUUAUAUCGGCUCUCCGAGAGGCGAAUUUUUCGAAUCGACGAUCACAUUUAUCAAAAUCAAGGAAACUAGGGUUUAUAAUCUCUCCCCGUGUAAUGCGCUAGCAUCAACAGAUAUAUAGGAAAAUGGAUAGCGACGAGGAAGAUUUCGUGUUUUACGGAACACCUAUAGAACGAGAGGAGGAUGUCAGUAGCCGCAAGAAGAAGGCCAUCGCUGAGGCCUCUGGCCAGUUGCGAACUCUUCCCGCAUGGAAACAAGAGGUCACAGAUGAAGAGGGACGGAGGAGAUUUCAUGGGGCAUUUACUGGUGGUUUUUCCGCUGGAUACUACAAUACAGUUGGGUCGAAAGAGGGAUGGACUCCACAGACAUUUACGUCAUCUAGGAAAAACAGAGCUGAAGUCAAACAACAGUCUCUCUUUAACUUCUUGGAUGAUGAUGAGAAAGCUGAAAUGGAGGGUCGUCUAGGGACAUCGAUGCAGUAUGAUACGUUUGGAUUUACUGCUGCUGAACUUGCUCGUAAACAAGCUGAAAAGGAGCAAAAGCAGAGGCCCUCUGCUAUACCUGGACCAGUUCCGGACGAAGUGGUACUUCCAGUGACAGAGUCCAUUGGGCUCACAUUACUGCAGAAAAUGGGAUGGAGGCGUGGCCGCUCAAUUAACAGCUCACAUACUGAUUCACUAUAUAAUGCUAAGAGAGAGGCAAGAAAAGCUUUUCUUGCAUUUUCUUUUGCUGAUGUGGACGGACAACCUUUGGACUCUGGGCUAGCUGAAGAUGCUGCUGACACUAUCGUGGAUCUACCAACUGAUGAUGGGAACCAGUUUUCUAAAAGCACACCGGUUUAUUUGCUUAAUCCAAAGCAAGAUUUGCAUGGUUUAGGCUAUGAUCCUUACAAAAAUGCUCCUGAGUUCAGAGAAAAGAAGAGAUCACGACUAUCUAAUAGUAGGGAAUCAGGGCAACAAGAUAGAGUCUUGAAGGACAGCCUUUUUGGUUUCAAAUCAGGAAGAGUUGCUCCUGGAUUUGGUGUUGGGGCUCUUGAAGAUCUUGAUGUUGAAGAUGAAGAUGUGUAUGCAUCAGGUUAUGACUUUGAAGAGACUUAUGUUGAAGAAGUUGAAGAGCCUUCAAGACCAAAGGCGGAGAAUCUGAAAAUGUUGGACAGGAAGGCACAUGAUGUUCUACCUGGUUUUAGUGCUGCUUCAAAAUCCGACUAUCAGCUGGAAAGAUUCGAUUCUCCAGUGAUACCACAGAAUUUUGUUCCCCAUCAUAAGUUUGCAGCUCCCCUUGAAUCUGAUAGCAAAGCUCCUAGUCUUCCUCCUCCUGUUGUUCCUCCCCCGGAGGAUAAUAAUCUUAGAAUAUUGAUUGAAGGGUUGGCAACAUUAGUAGCUCGUUCUGGUAAAUUACUUGAGGAUCUUUCCAGAGAAAAAAAUCAGUUCAACCCUCUAUUUGGUUUCCUGAAUGGAGGAAAAGGUCAUGAAUAUUACUCAAGGAAACUUUGGGAGGAGAGACAUAAACGUAAUGAUCAAGGCAAACAACAGUGGGAUACAAAAAUGUCUCAGAAAGUGCAGAAGAUGACAGCAGAAAGCCGUGGCCAGAUUUUAGGGGAGAAGCCUAUUGAAAGAAGCUUGAGAGCUGCAAAUUCCUCUGGUAUAUCUGCUGAUGCAAUCAAUUUAACGUCCAAUCUUUCAGAUACAUUCACCAAACCUGUGUCAAUUAAUGAACUUCUUGAAUCUGCAAAACCUUUUCAAGAUGAUCCUGCUAAGCAGGAAAGGUUUGAGCAGUUUCUGAAGGAGAAAUAUCAUGGUGGUCUUCGCCCUAAAGACGGUAGUGGAGCAAGUAAUAUGUCUGAAGCUGCCCGUGCUCGCGAAAGAUUAGAAUUUGAGUCUGUAGCUGAGACGAUAAAUAAAGGAAACCAUGGAAAAGAAAGUGUUCCACCUAGUGAGUUGUUCUCAAGUACGUUAGCUACUGCAGGAUUGCAAUUCACUUCUGGAGCAGCAGAGCUAGCUAAAUUUGGUCAAGAUGAUGGCUUAGCGGCAACAAGUAUGUACCCAAAACGGGAGGAGUUUCAGUGGAGACCUUCAUCUAUUCUGUGCAAGCGCUUUGAUCUUAUUGACCCUUAUAUGGGCAAGCCACCCCCAGCUCCACGCGCAAGGAGCAAAUUGGACUCACUUAUAUAUUUGCCUGAGUCUGUCAAAGCUCCAAAGCUUGAGGAUGAUGUUUCUGGGGGUAGAAGCCAAUUCUCUCUCCAGGAAGGCCGUAUAGAAAAAGGAAAAGAAAUAGCUGACCAGGAAAUUGAGGUUGAUGCAGAACCUGAAAAUAUUGAAAGGCCUGUUGAUUUGUACAAGGCUAUUUUCUCUGAUGAUUCGGAUGAUGAAGCGGAAACUAGCAAUCAGGAUGUCACAGAGGAUUCACAAACGAAGGUUGAAGCUGUUAAUACAACUUUAAAUCGAUUAAUAGCUGGUGACUUUUUGGAGUCAUUGGGUAAAGAACUAGGUUUGGAGGUUCCCACCGAUAUGCCUCUCCCAGAUAACAAAACAAGUAAUCCAGCUAAAAAGGACAAUGUUUCGUUAGAUGUGAGAGCAAAGAGCAUUAACCAAGAUCCGAUAUUGGCAGUAGGAAAUAAUAAUCAGAACAUCUCUCAACAAGGUAUAUUUUCUAGAGAAGGAACUGUGGAUAUGAACUCUCGGAAAAACGGUGGCAGAGGAACUGAAACUGAAAGCUACAGGAAUGGUAUUGAUAAGAAUAAGUUUGAAGCGGAAGGUAGAAUACAUGCAAAAGCAAAAGGAGAUCAGUACCGAAAUAAGAACAGCAGUUCAUCAGAGAAUGAAACCGAUAGCAAGCGAAAGCGGCCUCACAGAAGCAGCAGUCUAGAUGCUUCUUCUGAUUCAUCCGAGGGUUACAAAGACCGUCGUUCAAGGUCAAGGAAGAAAAAAUCAUCUCAGGAGAAGAGUAGUAGUAGUAAAAGGCACUCAAAGCACCAUAAGCAUAGAAGGAGAGACUCACGAAGUCCUAGUAGACAUUCCCGUCAUGGUUCAGAAAAAGACCACAGAGAAGCCAAGAGAGAGAAGCGUAAAUACAAGGACUGAAACAUUUCUAAUACAUGACCUAUUUGAAAUGGAUCUAAGGAGUUACUUGAAACUACUGCUGAUUGAAUAUCUAUGAUGUCUCAGAUAAAUGGUUAGUUACUGCUGGAACAGUUCAUGCUUCUUGGUUUUACUACUAUAGUGCCCUUUUGAGUGCUAUGCGUAGAGCUCUUUCUCUUUGGUCAAUCUAUGGGUGCAAGAGGCUGGAUUCUGAAGUUCUCACUAGGAACAUCCUUUUGACUUGCAAGAUAUGAUAUUGGUUCGGUCUGUUUUCCAGCUUAUUCCACUGAUCAAGCUUUUGAUUGUAGCAGUUGGAUAAUGGUAUGGCUGGUCUUAUUUUUGUUUCAUGCUUUACGUUAAAAAAAUAUUUUAUGUCGAAGCAUUCCAGCUAAUUUCUUUAUGAGGUCUUGGGAAUUUGUUAUGUAUGUUUGUAUGUGAUUCCCUAUUUAAUACACGAUUUAAGAUUGGUUUAUCUGUUCAUUUUUUCAAUACUCCUUUUCCUUUAAGGAAAUCCCGCACUGGAAAUAUCAAAUGUAUGUGAUUUUCCUUUAUGCAAUUUGAAGUUUAGAUUGUUUA